GUUGAUGAAGAUGUUUCUCCAUGGAUAGGCGGGGAUGGGCACAAACUGAGCCGACCGGACUCCACCAUCACCUGAACAUGGCCGAUGACCUCUACAGCAGCACCUUCUCCGCCUCCGAGUCCGACUUCUCCUCCUCCUCCUCGUCCUCCGCCUCCUUCCUCACGCUCGAGCAGAGGGCGGCCUUCGUCUUCGUCCUCAUCCUCUUCAUCUUCCUGGGGCUGCUGAUCGUCCGCUGCUUCCGGAUCCUCCUGGACCCGUACCGCAGCAUGCCGUCCUCCACCUGGACGGACUACAUGGAGAAGGACACCUUUGAUUACCGGAUUUCCUGACAGGCAGCCUGAGAGGCAGCAACCCUGACAAACUAACUGUUAAACCGAGGCGACGAUCAUUCUGAGAAAAAAAAAAGCAGAGAAAAACACAAAAUGCACAUUUUCUUACUGGGGAUUAAAUCACAAAUAAACCAAAACAACAAACUAUUUUGAACUAAUAACAAAAACUGAAGGUUGUUAAAUUUGCUUUGGUUCUAAAACUAAAAUAAAUUUACUUAAACUUCGACUUGUAAGAAAAAAUGCAAAUUUCAUUUUUGAGACGCUGUGUGGGCGUGGCCAUUUUUGAUAAUCGCGGCUUAUUUUUGUACACAGCUGAAUUCUAGGCUGCGUACAUUGUUUUGCUCAUGCUUUGUAACCACUCGACCACUGCCCUCAAGUUUAUGGUUUAAUAUAAAACCUCUCCAAUGGCCCCCCACAACAGUCAAACAUUAGCUUCUGGCCAGGUGCCCCUCUUUGCAAAUGCACAAACAAUGCCACAAAAUAUGUAAUGAAACUUUUAGAAUAUUUUUCUCACUUUUAUUCUCUGUUUUGUAAUUAUUACUUUUUUAAUUCCCACU